UCUUGUUUGUUGUAGUCAUUAGCCUAUCCCGCACUAUUCAAAGCCUUCCUAAACUCUGUUUAAAUUCAUGAAAUGCUGUAACUAGAAGAUUCAAUCCUGCAUUUGAAAGUUUUAAGAUGGAACUACUACUCAUCACAAAAAGAGGGCGUCAAAAUCCAAAUAUUAAGUAAAUGAGAAUAAUAGUGUGAUACACAAACACUUAAUCUUGUUCUAGUUUUCAGAUUUGUUCAACUUCCAAAGAGUACUUGCACAAACAGUACCUUGAAUCUCUGUCAUCAUAAUCAAAAUUUUAGUUCUGGUGCCGAAAGAUGGCCAAAUAAUUGUGGAUAUAGAAAGCCUGUAUUCACAAGGAAUUUUUGAUGUGAGACAUACAGUAGAAUCAACAAAAAGUUCAAAUGGCUUUGACAAUCAAUUGGAAAUCUGCCUUUUUAGCUCUAGCUGUGUUAACAAUGUGGACUACUGAAGCCACAUCUCGUGAGUUGAACGAAGCCUCGAUGGUCCAGAAACACGACAAGUGGAUGGCUCGCUUUGGACGUGUGUACAGAGAUGAUGCAGAGAAGGCAAAAAGGUUCAAUAUAUUCAAGGACAAUGUUGAUUACAUCGAGUCAAUCAACAAGGCUGGAAUGAGACCUUAUAAGUUGAGCAUCAAUGGAUUUGCAGAUUUGACCAAUGAGGAAUUCAGAGCCACUCACAACGGAUACAAACCGUCUUCUCAUCAGAAGUCAUCAAUAACCGUAUCAUUCAGGUACGAAAAUGUGACUGCUCCAGCUACCAUGGAUUGGAGAAAGAAGGGUGCUGUUACUGGAGUUAAGGAUCAAGGGCAAUGCGGAUGUUGCUGGGCAUUUUCUGCUGUUGCUGCUACUGAAGGGAUCAACGAGAUCAAAACUGGUAAGUUGAUCUCCUUGUCUGAGCAAGAACUCGUGGACUGCGACACAAGUUCAGAUAUGGGAUGUGAGGGAGGUCUUAUGGAUGAUGCUUUUAAGUUCAUCAUCAAGAAUCACGGGCUUACUACUGAAUCUAAUUAUCCGUACGAGGGAACGGAUGGCACUUGCAAAACUGGAAAGAAAUCCAAUGACGCUGCUAAGAUUACUGGUUAUGAAGAUGUCCCAGCCAACAGUGAAUCUUCUCUGUUGAGUGCUGUUGCUAACCAACCUGUAUCAGUCGCCAUUGAUGCUAGUGGAUCAGAUUUCCAAUUCUAUUCUAGUGGUGUUUUCACUGGAGAAUGUGGAACAGAGUUAGAUCACGGUGUUACAGCAAUUGGAUAUGGAAUAACUAGUGAUGGGACAAAGUAUUGGUUAGUCAAAAACUCGUGGGGAACCAGCUGGGGCGAGAACGGUUACAUUAGAAUGCAAAGAGGCAUUGAUGCUAAGGAAGGAGUUUGCGGUAUUGCUAUGCAAGCUUCUUAUCCAACUGCUUAAUUAAAUAGCUGAAAAGCUUGAUAGAAAGUUGCUAUUGAUUCAUCUUUAAACACUACUGUAAAUAUGUAAUUCACCUUGUUCAUACAUAUGUGGUGUGUAUAUGUUACCAACUCGUUGUAUGUAAAUUCUAAGUGCUAAACAAAAGUUUGCAUCUGAAAAAGUUUCAGCAUUCAGCUAUGAACACA